AUGCGUCAGCGAGGUGUUCUACCCGAUAACUUCACCUUCCCAUUUCUUCUCAAGGCUUGUGCUCACCUCCAACUGGGUCAAGAUGUCCAUGCACUUAUUCUUAAGCUUGGCUUCCAUUCAGACAUAUAUGUUCAGAAUGCAUUAGUUAGUUUUUACGGGGGUUGUGGGUCGGUUGAGCUUGCAUUGAAUGUGUUCCAUGCAAUGCAUCAGAAAGACUUGCUUGCCAAGAAUGUAACGCCAGAUGAGGUCACUAUGCUUAGUGUGAUAUCCGCUGUUUCGAGCUUAGGGGCACUGGAAUUGGGUCAGUGGGUUCAUGACUUUAUAAACAAAAGUCAACUAAAACUUACCGUAUCAUUGGGUACUGCAUUGAUCGACAUGUAUUCGCGUUGUGGAUCUGUUGAUAAAUCUAUUGAAAUUCUUGAUGAAAUGUCAUUGAAGAAUGUACAGACAUGGACAGCAUUGAGUACUGGCCUUGCUGUGCAUGGAUGCAGUAGAGAAGCACUAAGGGUCUUUUAUGAGAUGAAAAAAGCUGGCUUGCAGCCAGAUCAUAUGUCUAUAACUGGGAUUUUAGUGGCAUGUAGCCAUGGUGGACUUGUGGAAGAUGGUAGUUGA